AUGGGAAUCGCAACAAGCAAAUAUCCAUUGCUUUCGAACAAACACUGUAUCAACAACUACGAUGAAAUGUUCGAAAGCAAUAAUGACGACUACAAAAUGCACCUGAUGCACUGCAUAUUCAAGGAAAUUUGGGAAGCAAAUUUUCGAGCCCCCGUUGAUAUGGCAUUGCAGCUGGGAGCCAAAGUACUAGACGUUGGAGUCCUGAAACCCGGUGGAUGGAUUGAAAUCGUAGAUUCUGAACUCGGAUUCGUUUCCGAAGGACCCUAUACGCGGGGCGUGGUCGAAGCAAGUAAUGAAAUUGAUAUUUUGGUGCACGUUUCUCACCAACAGAAAAACUAUGAAAUUGGCUCGAACUCCGGCAAGAUUAGUGAACAACUUUCAAUGAACUUGCGCGAGACGUUUAGAGAGUUCCUGUUGAAAUUUGACGGAGAAAUGGAAAUUGAUUCAGGCCUAACCAAUACUCGUAGACCGACGUCAUUGGGAAGUGCCUAUGAAAAUGCUCAUAAGUUGAAAGAUUAUGGUGUUCACCCGGAACCGUACACAAAGUCUGGUAAUGCCAAGCAUAAGAGAAAGUCUGGAUGGGAUGGGAGCCGCAUUUAUGGUAGAAGAGACGAUAUAAGCAACAAAGAAAAUACCAGUCACGUCGCAACGCAAGAAACAUGUAAAAUUAUAAAAAAUGAAAGGAGCAAAACAGACAGCGGGAUACGGUCUCCAAAAAUAAUUUUAUCAAAGAAGAGCGCAAUAAGGAAGGAAAAGAAGGUAGAAAUGAUAAUCGAAAGGAUUUCCCAGGAAUUCGAUCUGUAUCAGUCAAUGAUUUUGAUGCAUCGAUUUUGGGCACGGAAAGCCAAUGAUACCACUACGAGCAACGAAUGA